AUGAGGAGGGAGAACCAGAGGAUCAUGUCCAAGUUCCUCCUCCUGGGGCUCCCCAUCCAGCCAGAGCAGCAGGGCAUGUCCUUUGCUCUGUUCCUGGGCAUGUACCUGACCACAGUGCUUGAGAACCUGCUCAUCACCCUGAUCAUCAGGCUGGACCCUUGUUUCCCCACCUGCAUGUACUUCUUCCUUAGUCACAUGGACCUCACGGACAUCUCCUUUUCACCUGUCACUGUCCCUAAAAUGCUGAUGAACAUGCAGACUCAGGAUCAAUCCAUUCCCUAUGCAGGGUAUGUGACACAGAUAUAUUUUUUUGCUUGCACUGAAAAUCUUCUUGCAGUGAUAGCAUAUUAUAGCUAUGUGGAUAUUUGUCACCCUCUAUGCUAUGGCAUCAUCAUGAGGAAAGAAUUGUGUCUAUGUUUCUUGGCUAAAUCAUGGCUACUCUCCUGUGCCAGUACCCUGACCCACACUUUCCUCCUGGCUCAACUGUCCUUCUGUACUCACAGCAUCAUCCCCCACUUCUUCUGUGACCUUGCUACACUGCUUAAGCCCUCCUUCUCAGAUACCUAUUUCAAUGAUCUGGUCAUAUUCACUGAAGGAGCUGCAGUACCCAUUUAUCUUUUGAGUUUCAUCCUAAUAUCUUAUGGCCGCAUUGGUGUCGCUGUCAUGAGGGUCUCUUCUACUAAAGGGAUCUGCAAAGCCUUGUCCUCCUAUGGCUCCCACCUCUCUGUGGUAUCUAUUCUGUGGGACAAUUAUGGAAGUGUACUUUUCCUCCUCAUCAGGCCAGUCCCAUGA